CUCUCUCUUUCUCUCCCUUUUAGUUGCUUUGAUAAACUGAAAAUGAAGGUCAGCACUUUGGAUAAAAUAUGCAGCUUUCUAGCCGAGCUCAUUGGCACUGCACUGCUGGUCUUCCUUGGCUGCAUGGGUUGCGUGAAGAAUGAUUCCUACGAAAAUAAUCACUUUCAAAUGACAUUUAAUUUUGGUUUGGUUGUCAUGAUUAUUAUUCAAUGUUUCGGUUGCGUCUCUGGUGCCCAUCUAAAUCCAGCUGUGACACUUGCAGCUUACAUUUAUAACAUGACAUCGCUGGCAAUGGCUGGCGUAUAUUUCGUGGCGCAAAUGUUGGGUGGUUUUAUUGGCUACGGAUUGUUGAAGGCGCUCAUUCCAAUCAAUGCUGUAACGCUGAAUGGUCCUCAUAACCUCUGUGUUACCACUGUGCACGCGGAAAUAUCCGCAUGGCAAGGAUGUGCAAUUGAAUUCAUCAUCACCGGUGUAUUGAUAUUCACUUGCUGUGGCGUAUGGGAUCCACGCAAUUCCAAAUUCCAUGACUCUGUGCCGAUUCGUUUUGGUUUAGCCAUCUCGUGUCUGGCCAUCACAGCGGGUCAAUUCACCGGUGCUAGUAUGAAUCCAGCUCGAUCCUUUGCGCCAUCUUUGUGGAAUUCUGACUUCCAGGACCAAUGGAUCUAUUGGGUUGGCCCAUUAGCAAGCGCUGCGGUGUGUUCCAUAGUGUAUAAGACGAUUUUCAGACGCGAAGUUGUUGAGGAGAAAGUGAACAAUAAGCUGCGUGCAAUGGAAGAAGUGCCACUCUCAUAAGCCAACCAUGUGAAUUGAAAUACCAAAGAACGAUUAAAACAAGCAAAUCGACAUUCUCAAAGAUGUUGCCGGAAAAUACGAACUUCUUGAGCGUUUGAUAUUCUAUUUAUUUUUUAUUAUGUUUUAUACUUAAGAAGAGCAUUUAUGAAGUCUACCAAGCAGACUCUAUUUUUUUAUAAUCAUUUAUGCUAAUGAUUUUUGCCAAUUAUGCUGAAAAUAUUUUGCAAUAACGCAACCAAAAAAAUGUUCAAAAUUGUUAGAUAAAAUGUAAUUAUGCCAAUUUAUAGAGAAAAUGUUGUACA